AUAGCUUUCAUCAACAUGACCACUAUGACCGAUUUUGUCACUUCCACAAAUGGUCUCUUCGACCAAACCACAGUUCAAAACAUCAGACAGGCCGUUCCUGGAGUCGAGAUCGCUGCUUCUGUCGGUGGCUGGGCGCUUGAUCAUGGGUUCCCUCAGGCCAUCCAGAGUCAAGAUACUAUGACGUCUUUCGCGAAUCAAUGUAAAAAUCUAAUUGACACAUUUACUCUUGAUGGACUUGACUUUGAUUGGGAAUACCCCACCGCGGAUCAAGCACAAAGUUACAUUCAACUUCUUACCGCUGUUCGUACAGCCAUCGGUCCUACCAAAAAAAUCAGCAUUGCUUUACCUGCCAUCCAAUCCGACAUGGGAGCAUACACUCAGGCCACCAUCGCUCAAUUCGACCCCAUUGUCGAUUACUUCAACAUCAUGUCAUACGAUUACGUCAAUCGUUUCUCCAAUCAAACCGGGUAUCAUUCCGGUGGUGUUGUACUCCAAACCGAUAUCGGUAUUUACAGUGCAAGAGGUAUGAACAUGACAAAAGCCAAUAUUGGUUUCCCAAUGUAUGCUAAAUGGUUCUUACUCAAUGAUCAACAAGCGGCUACUUGUGCGGCUGCCAAUAGUCCUAUCGGUUGUCCAAUGGGUCCAUAUCAAUCUCUAGAUGGUAUUGAUUAUCUCAACUCUUCGACUCUGACGUUCGAUCCUGAUUUAACUUACAACAUCACAACUGUACCAAAACCCUUGAUCGUUCAAUCUUGGAACAAUAUCAAAGAUCAGGGAGAUGCGAAAGAUGGGACUUGGUCAAGUGCGGCUUAUGACAAGAUCAAUAAAUUGUUUUGGACAUGGACAAGUGCGGCGGAUGUUACUGGAGCUUGUAAUGAGAACAAGGAUAAAGUUGGAGGAUUGUUGGUUUGGUCUUUGAACAUGGAUGAGAAUGGUAUUCAAGGUGGACCCCAUUUCGACGCGUUAACUCAGUGUAUAAAAGGGGCGAAAAACGGAACGACUUGA